CGACUUCUUGCUCGUCGACGAGGCGUCGCAGAUGCUGCUGACGCAUCUGAGCAUGUCGCUCCCCCUCCUGCAGGACCUCCGCCCGCCUGUGCCCGGCCGCCCUCCCGGCCGGCUCAUGGUUGUCGGCGACACAAAGCAGAUGGGCCCACUCCUGGCCGAGCAGUACCCCGAGGCUGCGGACGGGCUGCCGCCCGUGCACGCCUCGGGCACCUACGCGGCGGCGCCCGUCGGCGGCGGAGGGCCGGUCGAGCUGGCCCGCGCCGAGCUGCAGCGGGGCCUGGUGAGCUCGCUGCAGGAGAACCACCGCAUGUGCGACCAGCUGGCACGCCUUGCGCGCGAGGUGCUCGGGUACGCCGAGUACACCGAGUGCCACCGCCGCGGCUGCCCGUGCAGCAAGCGGUGGCGCGCCGAUGGCGUUGCGGGAGGAGUGCCGCCGCUGCGGCUGCGGCUCGACUGCGGCCACUCCGCCGGGUGUGCUGCGGGCGUCCUCCGGACCGCACACGCUUUUGUCAUGGCGGCGCUGGUGGCGGAGAUCGUCUGGCAGUACCUGCGAGGCGCGCGGCCGACCUGGGGUCGCGCGGCCGCUGACGGCCGGCUCGACGAGAGCGUGUUUGUCGUGACGCCGCACCACGUGCAGCGCGUGGCCGUCUUGCGUGCGAUCGAGGAGAGGCAGAUCCCGUUGCAGCACGUUGAGGUCGCGACGGUCGAGAAGGUGCACGAGGAGGUCGCGACGGUCGAGAAGAUGCAGGGCCAGGAGCGCGACCUCGUGGUGGCGUGCUACGCGGGCCUCGACCUCGACGAACGUAACGAGCUCGGCUUCGCCUACUCGCGCGAGCGGCUCAACGUGGCCGUCUCGCGCGCGAAGAAGAAGUGCGUGCUGCUCUGCUCGCCGGCGGCGGAGAUGAGGGCAGGGCUCGAGCUCCUCCGGCGCAUCUCCGAGGCGUGCGGCGACGGCAGCUGCGACUACGCGACCACCGUGGUGCACACGGCUGAGGCGGUCGAGGGCAUGGACGUGGGCUUGCCUCCUCGGCAGGGCGAUCCCGCCGGCCAAGCCAGCGUGGCCUCGCUCUCGCCGCGGAGCCGCGACCAGAGCGGCGGGCAGAGCUGCGGCGCGGGGUCGCAGGUCGCCAUCGACGACGACGAGACGGAGGACGAGGGCGAGGGCGAGGGCGCCCCGCCCCCGCUCGUGGUGCCUGUCCUGCCUCUGGGCGAGGCGACACCGACCGACGAGGACGAGGAGCUGGCUCGACACUCCCUCGCCCACGCGCCGACGGCGGGGCAGCGCGCGGCGUCGGCGGAGCUGCGUGAGACGGCGCUGGAGCUGCGCGUGCCCCUCGAGGCGCUGAGCCGCCGGCCGUGGGCGCUGGUGCCGUACGAGGAUUGGCCGGCGCUGGCGGAGCUGCCGGCGUUCAUGCGCGGGUGGGCGAGGCGAGGCGUCGUCGUGCGCCCGGUGCCGCCGGGCCGCGUGGAGGUUGACUGGUACACGCCGGCGCUGCACGCCGCCGCGGUGGAUCUGCACAAGAAGGUGGCGGCGCAGAUUCACGACGGGUGCUUGCGAUAGAGAGGGGUCGCGAGGAAAGGAUACUCGGGCUCACGGGACCUGGGGCUAGCGUGGUGCGUGUCACGCUACGUGCGUGGGAUAGCCUCGGGAUAGACCCGCGGGUAGAGUAGUGGCGUCUGACGCCAACCUGUCGGACGAGCCAUCGAGGCUCAAGCUCGAUACGCUAGAUAGAGAGGAUGGGAGCGACCCAGGUGUCGUUUGUUGUUCCCGAUCUUAGCGAUUGAGGUGAUUAGCAGAUGAGAAAGGUCACUG